AUAACCCCCCAAAGCCUGCCACCCAUAUAGGUCAACCGCUCGGAUUUCACAAUACCACUGCCGCCUCUGAGUCUCAGGACGCAAGCGUCGAUCAAAGUUCAGCAGUAUCUUGGCCGCCUCCUCGCCUCGAAUAUAUUGUCACAACAGCCCAGAUUCCCACGGAACUUUCAUUUGGUGAUCAAUUCAGCGAGGAAGUAUCGUCCCAUCGUUCAACCCACACGAGUCCUGGCAAUAUGCCACACACAUUCUCAGAGCAUGAAGUGGAGGCGCCAUCCCCCACGACACCUCCCGCUCAACAUUCGGAAAGCACUCGAACCAACGCAGUCCACGAUUUCGUCAUUCGCAACAAUGGUAACACUCCCAUCACGAAGGUGUUGAUCGCCAACAACGGUAUGGCCGCCGUUAAGGCCAUCCGAUCGAUUCACAAAUGGGCGUACGAGACAUUUGGAGACGAGCGUGCAAUUCAGUUUACGGCGAUGUGCACGCCGGAGGAUUUGACGGUCAAUGCCGAGUUCGUCAGAAUGGCAGAUCAGUAUGUGGAAGUCCCCGGUGGAACCGCUAACCACAACUACGCCAAUGUCGACUUGAUUGUCGAUAUCGCAGAGCGUACGGGCGUGCACGCUGUUUGGGUCGGAUGGGGUUUCGCGUCCGAGAACCCCGUAUUAGCCGAGAAGCUUGCCGCGUUGUCACCACCCGUUGUAUUCGUCGGUCCUCCGCCAUCUGCUAUGCGAGCGCUCGGUGAUAAGAUCGCCUCUACGAUUGUCGCCCAAUCUGCCGACGUGCCUUGUGUCGCCUGGAGUGGCACUGGCAUCGACGACGUUGCGAAGGACAGCGAAGGCCACGUGUACGUUCCCGACGAGAUCUACCUGAAAGCCACCACCAACGAUGUCAACGUCGGUCUGUCGCACGCCGAACGCAUCGGCUACCCGGUCAUGAUCAAAGCCUCUGAAGGUGGAGGUGGUAAGGGUAUCCGUCUCGUCGACGAGCCAUCUCAGUUCGCACAAGCCUUCGUUCAGGUUCAGCGUGAAGUCCCCGGAUCCCCUAUCUUCAUCAUGCGUGUCGUCCGCAAUGCAAGGCACUUGGAGGUUCAGCUUCUCGCCGACGGCUACGGCAAUGCCAUUGCUCUGUUCGGUCGUGACUGUUCCGUUCAGCGUCGUCACCAAAAGAUUCUGGAAGAAGCUCCUAUUACCAUCGCCCCUCCUGAAAUUCUGAGCAAGAUGGAGAACGCGGCUGUUCGUCUCGCCAAGUUGGUCGGCUACGUCAGCGCCGGUACUGUCGAAUAUCUGUACGAGCCAAGCACUGGCGAGUACUACUUUUUGGAACUCAACCCCCGUCUGCAAGUCGAGCACCCGACUACUGAGAUGGUCUCUGGAGUCAAUAUACCCGCUGCCCAGCUUCAAGUGGCUAUGGGCAUUCCCCUCAGCAACAUCAGGGACAUCAGAACCCUCUACGGACUCACCCCGACCGGUCGCUCCGAGAUUGAUUUCGAUUUCAGCAACCCGGAUUCCUAUGAGAAGCAACGCAAGCCUUCCCCCAAAGGACACGUCAUCGCCGCUCGUAUCACCGCUGAGAACCCGGAUGCCGGUUUCAAGCCCAACAGUGGAAAGGUUGUCGAGCUCAACUUCCGCAGUAACAGCAACGUCUGGGGUUACUUCUCCGUGAACGCCUCCGGAGGUGUCCACGAAUACGCGGAUUCCCAGUUCGGUCACGUCUUCUCUUACGGCGAGACUCGUCAAGACUGUCGAAAGAACCUUGUCAUGGCGCUCAAGGAGCUCUCCAUUCGUGGUGACUUCCGUACGACCGUCGAGUACCUCAUCAAGCUGCUCGAGACGGAGACCUACGUUGACAACAAGUUCACAACCGGGUGGCUCGAUGUUUUGAUCGCUCAGAAGAUGGACACCGAGAAGCCCGACUCUAUUCUUACCGCCAUCUGUGGUGCUGUCGCUAAAGCUCAAACCUGGUUCCAGCACAACAUCGGAGAGUUCUGCCGCGCCCUUGAGAAGGGUCAGACCCCAUCCCGCUCUCUUCUUGAGACAAAGCACCAAGUCGACUUCAUCCUGCACAACGUUCAGUACAAGAUUGCAGUCACUGUCACAGGCGCCGAGUCUUACAGACUGACCGCCAAUGGCUCCCACGUCGACGUUGUCGCCAAGAAGCUCGCUGACGGUGGCGUGAUGGUUCUUCUCGGAGGUCAGAAGCACUUGGUGUAUGCCAAGGACGAAGGCCACGCCACCCAUUUGGAACUCGACAGCAAGGCCGUCAUCUUGGAGAAGGAGAACGACCCUACGAAGCUUCGCUCGCCGUCUCCUGGCAAGCUCGUACGGUACCUCGUCGAAGAGGGCUCCCACCUGAACGCCGGCGACGCUUUCGCGGAAAUUGAGGUCAUGAAGAUGUACAUGCCUCUGCUCGCCAGCGAAAGCGGAUUGGUCGAGUUUGUCCUUCCGGCCGGAAGCGUGCUUUCCGCGGGUGAAGUCAUUGGGUCCCUUACCCUCGAUGAUCCAAGCAAGGUCAGGCGCGCAACGGUCUUUGAGGGCGAGUUCCCCAAAGUCGGCGCCCCCCGAGUGGUCGGAGACAAGCCUCACCAGAGAUACGAACAAGCCAAGCAAACAGUCGACGGGAUCCUUGACGGUUACGAGUUCCACGGCGACAUCGGUGCCGUCGUUCGCCACCUCGUCGAACAGUUGCGCGAGCCCGAGGUGCCACUCUGCGAGCUCUCCCAGGUCCUCUCCGCUCUUGCCGGUCGCGUGCCGCCCAAGCUCGGUGCCGCGAUGCAAGCCGAGAUUGAGCGUUUCAGGACCCAGGGCGAGCCCUUCCGUCCGGAAAUAUUCCAACAGCUCAUCUCGCAGGCCAGCCUCAGCAUGAACAAAGACGAUCACACCGCAUUCACCGCCACCAUCGUUCCGGUCCAACAGGUUCUGGACCGCUACGCUCAAGGCAUCAAGUACCACGAGCGGGCAGUGCUUGCCAGCCUGCUCACGCGUUACAUACACAUCCAAGAGUUGUUCGAUUCGAAACGACAGGAUGACGUGCUCCUUGAGUUGAGGGACCAGCACAAGAAUGCUCUCGGCAACGUCGUCGCGGUGGCUCUCGCCUUCUCCAAGCAGAAGAACAGGAACGACCUCGCGCUCGUAGUUCUCGACCAUCUCCGAAGCGACAUCACUGACGAAGGGAAACAGGUUUACGUCCCAAUCAUCACCGAGAUGACCGCUUUCACCAGCCGCGCUACCGCUAAGGUCUCCCUGAAGGCCCGCGAAUUGCUGAUGUGGUACCAGAUGCCCAGUUACGAGGAGAGGUUCAACGACAUGCAGGACAUCCUGCUCUCUGCCGUCAAGGCCGGCAACGCUUGUGAAGACGAUGCCGCUCCUGUGUUGAGGCAGCCAAGCUUCGACAACAUGUACUUGUCGAAGCUGGUCACUGCCAACCACACCAUCCUGGAUAUCCUCCCGCAGUUCUUCUACCAUUCCGAUGUCAGCCUCCGCGCCGCUGCUCUCUACACCUACGUGCUGCACACCUACCAAGCGUACUCAAUCACGUCGGUCAAGCACCAUAUCGAAACUGAGCCGAUCGUCUUCGAGUGGGAGUUCACUCUCCGCCCCGUCACAACCACCAGCGGUUCGGACAGCAAAAGCCGUACCUACUCGCGUGCGGGAUCGUCUACGUCGCUGAGCAGCCUUCAAACAGCACCAGCGAGCGGUGCGUCCGGUGACCUCAAGGGAGCGCGGAAAGGAGUUCUUUGCGCUUUCACUUCGUUGGCGGACGUCGAAGAGCGUUUCGCAAGCUUCAUUGAACAGUACGGUGAAGCCGUCAAGCCCGCAGUCAACGGGUUGAACCGUGGAAGCCAGCACCGUGCCGCGCGCAACGUGGUGAACAUCGCUGUCCUGGACGUCCAAAACGAGCUUGCCGAUACCGACGCCGCUCAAGCCAAAUUCAAGAGCAUCGUUGCUUCCAUUCGCCCUCUUCUCCGUGCCAAGGCCAUUCGGCGAGUUACGUUCAUGCUUCUCCGCAAGGGCAAAUACCCCCACUACUUCACUUACAAGGAGGAAUUAGACUUCGUUGAGGACGUUCUCAUCCGCCACAUCGAGCCCGCAAUGGCCUACCAGCUGGAGCUGCAACGCCUUGCCAACUAUGAGGUCAAGCCUUGCUUCAUCGACAACCGUCGCAUCCACGUGUACCACGGAGUCGGCAAGAAGAACCCUGCUGACCACCGCUUCUUCGUUCGCGCCAUGGUGUACCCUGGUCAAGCACCAACCGAUCAAACCCGCACUCACGAGUUCCUGCUCAGCGAGGGUACUCGUAUUCUCACCGACAUCAUGGACGCGUUGGAGAUUGUCGGUGCUCAGUUCCCCAACACCGACGGUAACCACAUCUUCGUUAACUUCGUCCCCACCUUCGAGAUCGACACCGAGGUGGUCGAGAGCAGUUUGAGAGACUUUGUUGAGCGUCAUGGUCAACGUCUGUGGAAGCUACGUGUCACCACAGCGGAAGUCCGUUUCCUCCUCAGGAAGCCCAUCACCGCCGCGCCUUCGCUCAACGGUAGCAACCACGGCGUCGGACGCGUUUCCCCAACAUCGGCUGCCGCCACGCAGAACACACCAAGGGCUUUCCGCUACGUGAUGUCUUCCGUCACCGGCUAUGUCACCCGUAACGACGUGUACCAAGAGCACCGCGACGGUACUGGUGUGCAGAAGUUCCAGUCCCUCUCUUCCCCACCCGGCCCAUUACACCAAGUCCCCGUAAGCGCUCCCUACCCCACCCGCGCGUCCAUUCAACCCAAGCGCUACAAGGCCCACUUGAUGGGUACCACCUACAUCUACGACUUCCCCGAACUCUUCCGCCGUGCUGUUGAAAAGAAGUGGGUUGCGCACAACAAGGAGAAUGGUAGUGCUUCCCGUGUUCCCGCUGUGGUGAUGAAUGUUACCGAGCUGGUCGUUGGAAAGGACGGAAACCUGAUUGAGCUUGUGCGCGAGCCUGGAGAAAACGACUGCGGAAUGGUAGCUUGGGAUUUGGAGCUGUUCACGCCUGAGUACCCUGAAGGUCGCCACAUUGUGGUGGUUGCAAAUGAUAUCACAUUCAACAUUGGAUCUUUCGGACCACAAGAGGACCUGGUGUUCUUCAAGGCUUCAGAGUACGCCAGGAAGCAAGGUAUCCCGCGCAUCUACAUUUCCGCAAACUCCGGCGCUCGCAUCGGUCUUGCGGACGAGGUGAUCAACCACUUCAACGUCGCAUGGCUGGACCCCAGCAACCCCGCCAAGGGCUUCGACUACCUCUACCUCACCGAGGCAGAGCACAAGAAGCUUGUUCUUGACCAGCCAGAAAACCCGUCAGUCCACUGCGAGCUUGUUACCGGUGAGGACGGCGAAAAGCGCUACAAGAUCGUCGAUGUGAUCGGACGCGAGCACGGUCUUGGCGUGGAGAACCUUCAAGGAUCCGGAAUGAUUGCCGGCGAGACCAGCUUGGCCUACGAGGAGAUCUUCACCGUCACCCUCGUCACAUGUCGCAGUGUCGGUAUCGGUGCCUACCUCGUCCGACUCGGCCAGCGUGCCAUUCAAGUCGAAUAUACACCCAUCAUCCUCACCGGUGCUGCAGCGCUCAACAAGGUGCUCGGUCGCGAGGUCUACACUUCCAACUUGCAACUCGGUGGCACGCAGAUCAUGCACCGCAACGGUGUUUCUCACCUCGUUGCAAAGGACGAUAUGAACGGAGUCCAAGAAAUCAUCAACUGGCUUUCGUUCGUUCCCAAGCAUCGCAACGCACCGCUCCCUGUUCUCCCCACCACCGAUCCCAUUGACCGGGAGGUUGAAACGGAGAUCACCAAGGCGCCAUACGAUCCCCGCGUCUUACUCGCAGGCGGUGAAGACAAGGACGGCGACUUCGCUGCUGGAUUCUUCGACCGUGGCACAUUCGCCGAGACACUUGCCGGUUGGGCCAAGGGAGUCGUAGUUGGGCGUGCUCGUCUCGGAGGCAUCCCCGUUGGUGUCAUUUCCGUGGAAACCCGUUCCACAGACACCGUCAUCCCCGCCGACGCAGCCAACGAAACGUCCCAGGAGCAAACUAUCUCCGAAGCUGGUGGAGUGUGGUACCCCAACUCGUCAUACAAGACCGCGCAAGCCAUCAACGACUUCAACAAGGGCGAACAACUUCCUCUGUUCAUCUUUGCGAACUGGCGUGGAUUCUCUGGCGGUCAAUCCGACAUGUACAAGGAAGUGCUCAAGUACGGUGCUGGUAUCGUCGAUGCGCUGAGGGCCUACAAGCAGCCGGUAUUCGUCUACGUCAUCGGUGAACUCCGCGGUGGAGCCUGGGUCGUCGUUGACCCUACCAUCAACCCCGACAUGAUGGAGAUGUACGCCGAGGAGCAGUCCCGCGGUGGUGUCCUGGAACCCCAGGGUAUCGUCGAGAUCAAGUUCCGUCGCCCGCAGAUGAUUGCUGCCAUGGAGCGCCUCGACCCUGAGUACCGGGCUCUGAAGCGCCAGCUUGCAGAAGCGACCCCUGACGCCAAGGCACAUCUUCAAGCCGCCGUUGAACGUCGGGAGAAGGACCUCCUGCCCGUGUACCACCAAGUCGCUGUUGAAUUCGCCGACCUUCACGACAGGCCCGGCCGUAUGCUCGCCAAGGACGUCGUCCACCGCAUCGUCGGAUGGGCAGAGUCGCGGAAGUUUUUCUAUUGGCGCCUCCUGCGCCGCAUCAGCGAGGAGACUGUGAUCCGCAACCUGCAGGAAGCCGACUCAACCCUCACCCGCGCGGACUGCAAAUAUCUUCUCCAGCAAUGGUUCGCCGACGACGUGCACAAGGUCCGCGCCGUCUUUGACGACGACGAGAUGGAGGACCAAGACCACCAACACCAGCACCAGCAGGCCAACGACUACCCCGGCGCCGACCUUUCCGUUGUGCGCUGGCUCGGUAUUCGCCGCGAGAGCGUCGAUGAACGCGUCGACAAGGUCAGGAUCGGGGCGCGCACCCGUGCCGUGCAGGAUAUCGCCGCGAGUGACAUUGAUGUUGCUGUGGAGGGUAUCCUCAAGGCUGUCCAGGGACUUGAUGCCAAGCAUCGCCAGCGCGUGCUCGACUCUUUACGCUCGGCGUCGAUGUAGAACAUUGCGUUUAGAUUCACACUUCACUAUCGUACAGCGUUUGCGCUAGAACCCCAUUUUUGUUUUGCCACAUUUCACCUUUCCCCUCUUUG